AUGAGAGUAUUGAAAUCCAAAGAGAAGGACUGGGUUUAUGCGCCCAGCCAAAAACCCUCCGUACCUGAUGCAAUCCUCCAAGUUAUUGGCUCUACGGUGAUUUCAAGCUGUAUUUCCUCGAACGCUUCCUAUCCAAUUCCGGGAGAAAAAGACAGUCCAGACUCCAUGGUGGAAAACUACGAUACCCCCACUAUCCACAUGUCUAUCAUUGUACCUAACCCUGAAGCAGAAUGUAUGGCCAGAAUUAACCACAAAGGGCAAUUUGUCAUUGUUGAUGCCCGCCCGCUUCUGACCUGCAUGGGCUUUGGUAAGGAAGUGUUUAAACUCUUCAAAUCUUAUUACAAAAAGGCCGUGAAUAGCAAUAUACUUGAAGAUCCCUUCAUGUUUUUAUCCUUGGAUUGUCCUCCCGGCAUAUAUGAUGCGAACAUCGAACCCUCUAAGGAUGACAUCUUGUUCGAAGAUCAUCAGGCGGUCCUCCAGAUAAUCGAGGGCGUUUUCAUGGAUAUCUAUAAUCUAGAAACUUCUACCAUUAUACCCACUCCUGAUACCCAACAGAGUUAUCUUAGUAACCAGUUAACCAUCGACAUUAGUAGCCCAGCAUCUACUAAAAACCGCGGCCGUUUCCGCUCUAAUGAAAAACUUACGUCUACCGUUAAUCCAUGGACACUAUCUCUUGCUGCUCAGCGACUACGUGAUCCUGAAUCUCAGCUUUUAACUCCGCAGCGCGAAUUUCAGGAUCCGCGAAAUAAUAUACCCCCAAGAAGUCCAAACAUUAGGGUGAAAAAUAGCAGAAUCUCCAUGAGGCAAGCUACACUCAGUCUGCAUGACAAUGGUAGGGUGUCACUAUUCAAUACGCAGAGCCCACAACGAACAAGCAAUGGCUCGCCUCGAAUGGUGACCCCACCACGAGUUCCUGCACCCAAUAUUCCCCGCAGCAUUGAGGCUUCCGUGCAGAUCGCAGAAGGAAAUUCAGCCAGAGGAAAAGAGGGAAUGUAUGUAAUACGGCCCACUCCCCAGACACCGCCGCCUUCAAGGGCCUUUUCUGCAGCCACACACCGACAGGCACCUAUAGCUGUUACUUUUUCCCGAUCUAAUGAUCAAAUACCCCCAAAUCCACACUCUAUAAGCGGACGAUUACAUUGCAAUCAUAGGAGUGACCACAAAAUCUCUGGCUAUGGUGAAAUACGUCCUUACAAAUUAACUGUUCCUAGCGGCUCACAUCUACAAACGGCCUCGACUAAUCUUAAAUCCAGAUUUCAACCUGACUUAAACCAAAAACGUAACCACCUAACCAGCUACAGGAAGAACAACUUUUCUACAGAAAUAAUUCUGUAUCAAAGUCAAUCCACGAUGGAAUGCAUGUAUGAAACAACAAUCCCAAAUGGCGGUGAAAUUACACAGCUGGCAGAUUCAAUCAAACGACUGGUUAAUACAGACCAAUAUGUGAAGUCAGGGUCUCUCAUGGCAGCAUUCUCGCCGGCCGAUUUAACAAGUAGUAUUAGCUACUGGACCAACAAGCUUCAUACUCUAGCUAAAAACCCCUCUUUCCAACGCCAGUUGAGGCAGCUAUCAUUCCUAACUCCGAGCAAUUCAUCCAAAUGA